GGCUCUUAGUUCUUGUAAUGCAAUGUUGGUUUUGGCUUUUUUUCUGAGGACUGUGCAUGUUAUCAGCUCUUUCCUGCAGCCGUAGGGCAGAGCCAUGGGGUUGAUCCCGAUCGGUCAAAUUCUCGCUCUAAAUCAGGAGAUCAGCCUGAAAAUGUGGUCAGCAUGGUGUGCUGGGGAAGAGAAGCGGGUGGGCACACGCACCGUGGUGGUCGGGCACCGGCCGGUGUCGGAAACUGAUGCGUACGUGGCACAGAAGUUCUGCGACAACAGGAUUGUCUCCUCCAAGUACACCCUCUGGAACUUCCUCCCAAAGAACCUUUUUGAGCAGUUUAGAAGAAUUGCCAACUUCUACUUCCUCAUCAUCUUCCUCGUGCAGGUGAUAGUGGACACCCCAACCAGCCCAGUGACCAGUGGCCUCCCACUCUUCUUUGUCAUCACUGUCACAGCAAUCAAGCAGGGGUACGAGGACUGGCUGAGGCACAGGGCUGACAAUGAAGUGAACAAAAGCAACGUCUCCAUUGUUGAAAAUGCAAAGCAAGUGCAGAAAGAGAGUGAAAAAAUCAAGGUUGGAGACAUAGUAGAAGUGAAAGCAGAUGAGACCUUCCCCUGUGACUUGAUAUUUUUGGCCUCGAGCAGCACAGAUGGGACCUGUUACGUCACGACAGCGAGUCUCGAUGGCGAGUCCAAUUUCAAGACUCACUACGCGGUGCGGGACACCACGGUGCUCUGCACAGAUGAAGCCAUUGACACCCUCACUGCCACCAUCGAGUGUGAGCAGCCACAGCCCGACCUCUACAAAUUCGUUGGAAGAAUUAUCAUCUACAGAAGUAACCAAGAGCCUGUAGCCAGAUCUUUGGGUCCUGAAAACCUGUUGCUGAAAGGUGCUACCCUCAAAAAUACCAAGAAGAUUUAUGGAGUUGCAGUCUACACUGGAAUGGAAACAAAAAUGGCUUUGAACUACCAAGGGAAAUCUCAGAAACGGUCUGCUGUAGAAAAAUCCAUCAACGCUUUCUUGAUAGUGUAUUUGUGCAUCCUGUUGAGCAAGGCUACUGUGUGCACAACUCUGAAAUAUGUCUGGCAGAGUAAUCCAUUUAAUGAUGAGCCUUGGUACAAUGAAAAGACUAAAAAAGAGAAAGACACAUUCAAGGUCUUGCGGAUGUUCACGGACUUCUUGUCAUUUAUGGUCCUCUUCAAUUUUAUUAUCCCAGUCUCCAUGUAUGUUACAGUAGAGAUGCAGAAGUUCUUGGGCUCCUUCUUCAUCUCUUGGGACAAGGAGAUGUAUGAUGAAGAAAUAAAAGAGGGAGCAUUGGUGAACACCUCGGAUCUGAACGAAGAGCUCGGGCAGGUGGAGUACGUCUUCACGGACAAAACCGGGACCCUGACAGAGAACAGCAUGGAGUUCAUCGAGUGCUGCAUAGAUGGGCACAAGUACACAGACUGCCUGUCAGAGGUGGAUGGCUUCUCUCAGACUGAUGGACCCCUCAAGUAUUAUGGCAAGGCAGAGAAGAGCCGUGAGGAGCUGUUCCUGCGAGCCCUCUGCCUCUGCCACACCGUCCAGAUCAAGGAAGCUGACCAGGUGGAUGGGCUGAUAGGACAUCCACAACGCAAAUACACCUACAUCUCCUCUUCCCCAGAUGAAAUUGCUUUGGUGAAAGGCGCAGAAAAGUAUGGUUUCACUUUUCUAGGACUUGAAAAUGAUUUCAUGAAAAUACGAAACCAAAAGAACGAAACUGAAAUGUACCAACUUCUCCAUGUGUUGAACUUUGAUCCCGUCCGCCGCCGUAUGAGCGUCAUUGUGAGAACCACCACGGGAAAGUUGCUUCUCUUCUGUAAAGGAGCAGAUUCCUCUAUUUUUCCAAGGGUCCAGCAAGAAGAAAUCCAACAAACGAAAGUCCACGUGGACCGCAAUGCUAUGGAUGGCUACCGAACACUCUGCGUGGCGUUCAAAGAACUGACUCAAAAGGAGUACGACAAAAUUGACAGACAACUGAGUGAAGCCAAGAUGGCUCUGCAGGACAGGGAGGAAAGGAUGGCGAAGGUUUUUGAAGACACAGAAGCAGACAUGCACUUGAUUGGUGCUACUGCUGUAGAAGACAGGUUGCAGGAGCAGUCGGCAGAGACGAUCGAGGCUCUUCACGCAGCUGGCAUGAAGGUUUGGGUGCUGACAGGAGACAAGAUGGAAACUGCCAAAUCCACCUGCUAUGCCUGCAGGCUCUUCCAGACCAGCACAGAGCUGCUGGAGCUGACGGUGAAAACAGUGGGUGAGAGUGAAAGGAAGGAGGAUCGGCUCCAUGAGCUGCUGAUGGAGUACCAUAAAAAGCUGAUUCAGGAUGUUCCCAAAAACCGGGGAGGCCUGAAGAGAAGCUGGACGUUGACCCAAGAAUAUGGCCUGAUCAUAGAUGGCUCGACACUGUCACUGAUACUCAACCCUUCUCAGGACUCCAGUUCUAGUAACUACAAAACCAUAUUUCUACAAAUCUGCUUGAAGUGCACUGCAGUCCUCUGCUGCAGGAUGGCCCCUUUGCAGAAAGCACAGAUCGUGCGAAUGGUGAAGAACACAAAAGGGAGCCCCAUAACACUCUCCAUAGGGGAUGGUGCAAAUGAUGUUAGUAUGAUUUUGGAAGCACAUGUUGGAAUAGGUAUAAAAGGCAAAGAAGGACGACAGGCUUCCAGAAACAGCGACUAUGCUGUGCCAAAGUUCAAACAUUUAAGAAAAUUGCUACUAGCACAUGGGCAUUUAUAUUAUGUGAGAAUAGCACACCUUGUACAGUAUUUCUUCUAUAAGAACCUUUGCUUCAUUUUACCACAGUUUUUAUACCAGUUCUUCUGUGGAUUCUCACAGCAGCCACUGUAUGAUGCUGCUUACCUUACCAUGUACAACAUCUGCUUCACAUCACUGCCUAUCCUGGCUUACAGCCUCCUGGAGCAGCACAUCAGCAUCGACACGCUGACCUCAGAUCCUCAGCUCUACAUGAAGGUUUCAGACAAUGCAAUGCUGCAGUGGAGGCCAUUCCUCUACUGGACCUUUCUGGGCGCCUUUGAAGGACUCGUGUUUUUCUUUGGGGUUUAUUUUCUUUUUCAAAAUUCAUCACUGGAAGAUAAUGGAAAGGUUUUUGGGAAUUGGACCUUUGGGACGAUUGUUUUCACCGUGCUGGUGUUCACCGUCACGCUGAAGCUGGCAUUAGAUACCAGAUUCUGGACAUGGAUGAACCACUUCGUGAUUUGGGGCUCUCUUGCCUUCUAUGUGUUUUUCUCGUUCUUUUGGGGAGGAGUUAUUUGGCCUUUCUUGAAGCAGCAAAGAAUGUAUUUUGUAUUUGCCCACAUGCUGACUUCUGUUUCCACGUGGCUGGCAAUAAUUCUCCUGAUCUUUAUCAGCCUUUUCCCAGAAAUUCUUCUAAUAGUUUUAAAAAAUAUAAAAGAGAAAAAUCAUCAGACUGGCCCCUUUGAUCUGCCUAUGUUAGUCUCAUACAAACGUAUAGAGAAUGGUUAUGUGAAGACUGAAGAUGCUGUUACUAAUUUGGCAGAACAAUGUCCUCUCAGGAUACUUUAAAGUGCUCCAUACAAACACUGCAUAUUGUCAUGCUGUGGGAAAGAAACGUGGUGUUAACCUACCAGUUCUCUUUAAUAUUACCAAGUACAGGAAGCAGCCAUGCUGAUAAGGCAGUAGCCAGGGCACUGGCCCCACGGUACCUGUUUGUCUUUGGUCUUGUGGCUUCCCCACCCCCUAAAAAAAAUUCUGCCAAAUCAAGUCUAUGUCGUUGGAGGCCGAGAAAACAUCUUUAGGAAUUCAUCCAAAACAGCAUGAUUGGAAGUGCAAGACAGCAAUGCCAGCCCUAUGUCACACGGGGGCUUCCUCUGCCUGCUGCAGAUCUGUCCGAGAGCAGCAGAGAGCUGCUGGAGUCUCUUGCUCUGCCUGACCAAAGAAGUAGCACAGACUUUAAAGCCGAGAACAGCCCCCUCUGGCUCCCUGGAGGCGCUGGGGAGAGUCACAGAAGCUGGAUGCAGCCCUGUGAGCAUCUCUCCUGGUGUGGGGCUGUGAGCCCUGAGCAGGGGCUGCCCCCUUCCAGCGGUGGGUUCCCUGGUGCACGUGGCAGAAAUACUUGAAAAUUUGUGGGAAAUCUUCGCUGAUGGUGCAAAGGCUCCAGUCCCUGAUCCGUUCUCUGGGUCCUGGUUUGUGCUCCAUCCACACGGUGGUAUCCAUGUGGAGACCUGCAGGGCUGGGAAGCACCUGAGCAUCCUCCCGGGGCCAGUUUGCUGAUGGGCCUAUUCCUGAUGGAGAGUGAGGAAAAGGUCAUUUUCCCUCGUGUUGUGGCUGCUCGUGAUGGAAGGCAGCUUUUGGGGGGGGGGAGAGGAUCUCGGGGCUGUGCCAGGCUCACAGCUGUUCUGCCCAGGCUGUGCUCAUGUUGCUGCACUGAGCAGUUGCUUCAACACUUUAAAGGCCUGAGAGACAGCACGGUCCUUGGACAAUCCCAGGGACAUGGGAUGUGUCUCUGAACCUGCAGGCAUAGAGAACUGCAUCUUGAGUUAUUUGCACUAAGAAAAUAAGCUGGUUUAAGAAUAGAAGGAAUACCUGAACCUGAUUUCAUUUUACAUUUUUAUUUGGUUUUUAAAUUGGCAUGUUCUUUUUAAAUCUACCUGUGCCAUGGUCAUCAGAACUUUUCUUCUUAAGCUACACACCGCACAGGUGAGAUGCCUGAUGCUCGAUUUUAAUUCUCUGAUACUUUGUAUGUGGAAAAAGCAGCUUUUUUGUUGUUGUUGCAUUAAGUCCUAAGCAGUGACAGAGCACCAUGUGCCACCACUGUUUGGUGUGAAGGUCCCUCCUGGUGCUGACUGUCCUGGCACUCUGCAGAGGAGCUGCUAUGAGAAACACUCAAGUUUCAUCCCAGAAGUAACAAGUUUUACCUUCUAUGCUGCGGCUGGGUCUGGCUCAUGCUCAACCAGGCUUUGUGUCACUUCCAUGCAAAGAAACAAUUUGGGACUAGAUGGAACAUUCCCUUCAUCAAACUUCACUACCAGCAGACUAUUAAUCUUCAGAAGAAUCGAGUCUUGCACCCUGGCUGCCACCCCUGAGGUCCUUCCUUGACUCUGGUGGAAGCGGGAUGCGGAUCAGCUGCAGGUGAAUUCUGGUGUGUAUGAGAAGGACUUUCCAGUGGGCUUUUACCCGAGUGGGAAAGGGGUGUGCACAGUCCCUGAGGCUGCUCUGAAAUUGCCCAGUGUGUGGGAGGGAGGAGACGUAUGGACAGGACCACUGUAUUAUACACACUGCACUGGCCUCCUUGCAAGUGGUGUUCGUUAGCAACCGCGGUUUGACUCCUUGCUGCAUGCAAGUAAGGAGCUGCACCUCCAGCAUGUGUCCCAUGGGCAAAGCUCUUUCCUUUUUUCUUUUUUUUUCCUUUUUAUAGUUCGUUUCAUGGACCUGAAAUUCAACUUGCAGACCUUGUCCCAUUCUCAACUUUUCUUGCUAAAAUAUGGUGCCUACAGAUCAAGUAUGUGAUGAAUACAAUGAAGAUUCUCUAUGCCAAAUCUAACCUUUCUCCUUAAAUAUACAUUUGCUGACUUGUGUUUACAUAACCUUCAAAAUGCAGGCACUGAAAUGCCUAAUUCCUGUGAUUCCAACCCAUUCCAAGCCCAAAUGGUCCCAAGCCUGACACCUUGCUUCUCCGUUUGUGUUGUGUUGUUCUCUACUCCUAGGGUCAAAGUCUGUUGCUAUGAAAUGCAGCUGGAGGUUUUGCUGGUGACAUUAGUAGGAACAGAGGGACUCUUGCCAUGUAUGUGUGAACUGUCUGAAAAAAGCCACUUAAACAGGUUAAUUUCUGCAGCCUGUUGUAAGGUGGAGCCUUCUGAGAAUCAAAUCUUUCUCUUCCUGUUUCCAAGUGUCCUGUCUCAGGAUGGCGCAACCCAUUGAAAUAGCUGUACUUUCAAACCCAAGGCAUGUGUGCUGGCAAGCAAGUGGGAAUGAAUAUAAAAUGGCUGGAAUAGCAGCUCUCUGGGGAAAACAGAGAUUUUCUUGGGCUUGGAUCUUCAGCUAGUGCAGUUGGUGUAGUGCUGAGGCUGCUGGGACAACCGGGCUGCCCUGGACCAGCAGAAGAGCUGAUGCUUGUCAUUCAGCAAUGACAGAAGUGAAAUUCCUAUUGCUCUGGAUAACUUGUGAAAUCAGGAGAAACAGGAGCCCCUCUUAGGGGUUAGAGGAGGGAAGCAAAAGCAGUGGUAGUGGCUGCAGGGUGUCAGCUGAAGAGGCAGUAAUCCGACAGCGAUGCUGUGAUUGUUCACGUCCCCGCAAUGUUACAGUGCUCAUUACUGAGCUAAAAGGUCAGUACAGGCUUAUCGGUGGAAAACUUGAAGAAAAACAAGGCUGGGUUCUUUUUUCUGCAUAAUUCAUUGAAGUUUAAUCACUGACUAGUGACACUGAAAGAUAAGAAAAGUAAUUAAGAUUCCCUCUAAAUCUGUCAGGUGAUAACGGAGGAACUUGGUGUAGUCAUCGCUACUUUGAAAAAGCUAAUCCUAAUCAUUAUUAUAAAUGACUUGGAAUUGCAUCAAAGCUUAAAAUUAAAUUUGUAUAAAUACAGUUGAAAAACUUACCUAAUACUGUACCAUUUAGCCAAUUUCCCAGCUAAGUUUUUUUUUUUUAAAAAAAACCAUGUAGUAUAUAGAAAGUGUAAAUUAUAUACAGGCAAUGAGAAAAUGCAUUUUCAGCUUCUUGCAAAAAAAAAAAAUAAAAAGGACUGCAACCUUACUUUUUUUUUCACUUAAAUGCAAUUUUAUACAUUUAUGUUGCUUUAUAUAAGGAAAAUGAAUGUGAAUGUUACCUUUUAUGAAUGCAACUUGCUCUUUUUUCAUUACAGAAACUUUUGUUUGAAGUAAUCAAUAAACUUUGGUAUGUUGUUCUGAUUCAUA